UCACUCCUACGACCAAUUUAGAGUCACCAUUUCACCUAACCUGCAUGUCUUUGGACUGUGGGAGGAAGCCGGAGUACCCGGGGGGGAGAACAUGCAGUCUCCGCACAGAGGGGCUCCCACAACCCGGGUUUUGAACCAGAGACCCUCUUGCUGUGAGGCGACAAUGCUUACCACUACACUGUGCCCUGGAUAUAACCUAUGGUGGUGAAAUGAGUGUUCACUUCACGGGCAACAGCUCUGGUGGACAUCCCUGCAGUCAGCAUGCCAAUGGUAGGCUCCCUAAAAACUUGUGACAUCUGUGGCAUUGUGUUGUGUAAUUAAACUGCACAUUUUAAAGUGGCCUUUUAUUGUUUAUUGCAGACCUGCGUAGUUAUGAUGCUGUUUAAGCAGCAUGUUCAGAUGUCACACCUGUCAGGUGGAUGGAUUAUUGUGAAAAGGAGCGGUGCUCACUAACACUGAUUUCAACAAAUAGGCCUAUCUAUUGAGUGUAUGAAAAAAAAAUUCUAACAUAAAUCUGUGAAAAAUGGGAGCAAAAACAAAAGUGUUGCGUUUCUUCUGGCUCAUGGUGUGGAUGUGUCUCUGUUUCACCACACACGGCGCUGGUCCUUUAACUCACCACCGGUCCUGCGCAGAGUUCAGCCCGCAGUGAUGCCCCUGAACCGGUCACCAAACCGGAAACAUCAUUCCCCCCUCUCUCCGGUCAUGCCCACCGUGUUGUAAUAUUUCAACCUUUGGAGUUUGACCGCGCUGUCUGUCUAUAAAGACACAUUUUUGUAGCGUCUAAACACACUCGGUCCUUGAUGAAGUAGUAGCGAUAUGAGUAUGUUUGCUUCUCUGUGACACACGCCUUGCAGAAUGGAAAACUCAGAGACCAGUCCAUCACCAGGGUCCCUGGCAGUGCCGGACAGAGGCAUGGCUCGACCCUCAGCGCCCCUCAGUCAGCUGUCCGAGUCAGCCAGGCCCUCGAAGCACCGGGAGCACCCGUCCAAGUCACCAAGGAGACGGAGGAAGGGGACGAGGUCGCAGCGACGGGGGGAUGGUCAUGAACAGCUGCUCUGGGAGGUCGAGCGGCGGAGGUUGCCAGGCCAACACGAGCACUUGGAGCUCUCUGGGUCGGCGAGCGACACAGCAGAAAGCUCUCCUAAGAGGAGAGCACACUUUCUACAUGGACCGUAUCCUGCCACUCACUUCGGACCCAAAGCCUGUAUUCUUCCCAACCCAACUUCAGUCAUGCACAUCCAGGAUCCAGCCAGCCAGCGGCUCACCUGGAAUAAACCACCUGUCAACGUGCUUGUCAUCAGGAAGAUUAGAGAUGAGAGCCUCGUCGAGCCUUUCAAAGAGCUCUGCAGGUUUCUAGUGGAGGAGAAACAGAUGAUGGUGUACGUGGAGCGCAGGGUCGCAGAUGAUGCUACGCUGUCAAAGGACGAGACGUUCGGCUCCAUCCGCAAUCAGCUCUGCACCUUCAGGGAGGGUUAUGAUGAUAUCUCUGACUGCAUAGACCUGAUCAUCUGUCUGGGUGGAGAUGGGACUCUGCUCUAUGCCUCCUCUCUCUUCCAGGGAAGCGUCCCUCCAGUCAUGGCGUUUCACCUCGGCUCUCUUGGUUUCCUGACGCCCUUCAAAUUUGAGUCAUACAAGACUGAAGUGGCCAAAGUGUUUGAAGGCAAUGCAGCCAUCACUCUGCGCAGUCGUCUAAAGGUGAAGGUGGUGAAGGACAUGCUUCAGAGAACAGGCCAGCAACCGUACAGCCGAGAGCCUCAGCAGCAGCAGCAGCAGCAGCAGCAGCCGCAGCAACAGGAACACAAUGGACUCCUUCCUCACGGACACACCAACAGCGAGGCUGGCAAGGUCACCCUGCAGCUACAGGUACUGAAUGAGGUUGUGGUGGACCGAGGCCCUUCCUCCUACCUGUCCAACGUGGACUUGUACCUCGAUGGGCGGCUCAUCACCUCAGUGCAGGGAGAUGGUGUGAUUGUAUCCACACCCACAGGCAGCACAGCGUACGCAGCCGCAGCAGGAGCCUCCAUGAUCCACCCCAACGUACCCGCCAUCAUGGUCACCCCAAUCUGUCCACACUCACUCUCCUUCAGGCCUAUCGUCGUCCCUGCUGGUGUGGAGCUCAUGAUCACCUUGUCCCCUGAUGCCAGGAACACAGCCUGGGUGUCGUUUGAUGGCAGGAAGAGGCAGGAGAUCCAGCAUGGGGACUGCAUCAAGAUCACUACGUCUUGUUACCCAGUGCCCUCUAUCUGCUGCCACGACCUGGUGUACGACUGGUUCGAAAGCCUGGCUCAGUGUUUGCACUGGAACGUACGCAAGAGGCAGGCGCGACUGGCGGAUGUCUCGGACUCAUCGGACACAGAGAACUGAAUUGGAGGGUGCUCUUUUUGAUCUUCGUUAAAGUGGACACUCUCCACAGCAGCUGAGCGAGUGACGGUGAGAGGGAUCAGUUUUUCUGAGACCCUGCAAACAUUUUCAUUACAGAAACAGAACUGUGAAAGUGAGAGCACGUGUCUGUGCAGCCAGAUUAGUGUUACAUCAGUCCAAUGAAUAGCAUAUUUAAUGAGCAUACUGUGUUUACAGUAUUUAAUUCAUUUGAGAAAGCAUCUCACGACAUUCCAGUUAAAAAGCAAUCUGUAAUUCUAUCUGUAGUUUAUUGGGAGAAAGCAUGUUUCUCACCUAGGAAAAAAACAACUGCAGUUACUGAAAUGAUCGCAGUUUAUUAAUAUUAUGAAUUAAUAAUCUGUUGUUUAGGAGAUAGCGUACUUAAUCAUCAAUAUGAUGAUACAGUGUGUAAGCUUUAGACGUUACUGGCACAAACUUUGUGGAUUAUAGGUAGAGAAACACUGAUACAAUAAGAAACAAUGACCUUAAAUGUAAAUUUGUACAUAUAGGAUUCUGUGAUAAAUGUAUUUAAUGUCAUAUUUAUGUGAUAUUUAUAUAGAAUGGAGCUAAAAAAGACUUUGAAUUUCUAUUUCUGAGUCAGCCAAAGACUACUGUGUGUGAUUGUUCUGUACAAACAUAUUGUACGAUCCAAAGCCUACUUUGUGUACAUCUUAACAUUCGCUGUAGAGGAGUUUUUUCAUCUAUUUUUGUUUUGUCAAUUGCUUUCUCAACUUUUCUGGCCAAGUUAAAUUCUACACAUCAGAUUGCAUGUUGUAGAACAUAACAUGGUAGGUCAUGUUGUUUUCAUGAUCACUGAAGUCAAUGUGAAAGGAAGUAGUGCUAAAAUAAAGUUUCAACACUCAC